UUGUCGAACGAAGACAGUCGACCGAAAAUCUAAGCACAUGCCAAAUUUGGCUUUUUCAUUAUUGAACUACAUAGCGUAGUUGCGGAGCAACAAAAGUUCCGUUUCAAAAAAGCUUCCGUCUAUUCGCCUUCAUGCUGUUACUUUAGGCACUGUCGAAAAAGGCUCUUUUUCUAUCGACCGCGUGCGGAAAGGAUGUCGAAAAAAUCUCCAAAGCCUAAAGUGUAUGAGCUCUGUCAGCUCCCAUUGCCACUUCUUACGCAAAUGAAACAGGAACUGGAUGGAGAUAUCGAAUACAUGAGCCAGUCUAUCCAGACGCUCAAAGUGGUAAUGGAUAAGUGCCUCACUUCGGAAGAAUGUCUCUCUAAACUGGGCCCCAAAGCGGAGGGUAAAGAACUUCUUGUACCGUUGUCAAAUUCUGUCUAUGUACCGGGUUACCUGACCAAUGCCGAGAAGGCUAUUAUAGGAAUUGGCACCGGGUACUACGUCGAAAAGGACAUCGAAGAAGCACGAGAGGUAUUCAAGAGAAGGGAAAAGGUCGUCCAGGAACAAAUUGAAAAGGUCCAAAAGGCGGCCCAAGAGAAGGUGAUGUUUCGUGACCGUGUCGCUGAAACGAUGCAGAUUAAACUUCAACAAUUGUUGUCCUCCCGGCAAAUGCAACCGGCAGCUGAGGGACAGGCCGCGAAGUAGUCGACUCAUGUAUAUAUACAUAUAUAUAGAAAAAUAAUUAUGACUGAUUUUUUCACCGGCGGUUUUGAUUGGAUUUGUUUUUUUGCAGAGAAGAAUCAUAUAAUUCUUACAUUGUAAUAAUUACGAUAAUAAACGACUGCGGCAAUUAACAAACGUA